CCACCAUACGAAAUCUAUUAAUUCAUGAUCAAGAAGAAAUUGACCUGUUUGAUCGACAAAGUCGGACGGAGAGAUUAACAAAGUGAUCGGUAGACCCCUGUUGGAGAACAGCAAUCACUGCGGUAUCCGAUUCAACACCUCAGGCGUAUUUAUAUCUGCACCAGGUGGAGGCUAUGGCUGGCCAUGAUGAUUCAGGGGCGUCCGGAAAGAAAUCAAGUGAGAAUGAAGUACCUACCUUUAAUGUGGAGAAUAUGCAAAGCAACAUGAAGGUGGUAUACUACAGUCGAACAUUUAUGUCCAUCAUUGGUGGAGUGAUUGCUGGAAUUUUGGGAUUUACCGGCCUGAUGGGCUUUGUGGUUUAUGUACUUGUCAUGGCUAUUACGUCCGUAUGUCUAACAGCCAAGGCAGGUUUUUCAAUCCAUUCAUACUUUGAUAGCUGGAAUAGGGUUCUCAUGGACGGCUUUCUAGGCGGCCUUUUGUCGUUUGUGCUGUUCUGGACGUUUGCUUACGAUAUCGUGCAUAUCUUCUAAACGUGAAGCAAGUUGGGUUUCCGCAGCUUUUCGGAAGAAGUUAGAUAAAGAAGCUGUUAUGUAAGGUUUUUAUAUAUGAUUUUGGCACUUACGGUAUGACUUGUUACUAUGCUCUCUUUUUUAUUGCUAAGUCGGUAUUUGAUUCUGGUUAUUGUUGCAAGAUAUUUGAUUCGUUUAGGUUUUCAUAAGACAGAUGAACUGAAAGCCCAAUUUGGGAUCGGAGUUUGAUUGAGAUAAGAGACAAGGAUGGGUACUUAAGCCCAUAACAGCUCUUGUACCCUA